UGUCUGAAGCCCUGGAGGAGCCGAGCCCGGCCGGGCAGCGCCGGCUCCGUGCAUCGCCUCGCCGUCGCUCGGUCGUUUCAAUCCUCGCAGCGUGUAUUGCAUUCUGCAAAAAAGGGAUCUGGAGGUUUAUUAGAAUCUUCGAAGAAAUCUGCAGCCUGCGGGAUUGGAGGGGUGAGCUUCGCUGACCGGGGGCUCGACACCAAGGCUGAGCCAUUGCGAGAGGGGGGCGGCCGAAGCCGGCGGCGGAGCGAGGAAGCCGGCCUCCGAGGAUGGACGAGGACGGCGGCGGGGGCAAGAAGGCCGAGGAGGAGCCGGCGCCGAAUCCGGGCACCGGGCCGCGGGCCCACCCGGCGAGAGACAAGGGCACCCAGACGGCCGUCGAGAAGCCCUUCAAGUGUGGGGACUGCGGCAAGGGCUUCGGCACCCAGUCUGAGCUGGACAGCCACCGGCGCUGUCACACCGGCGAGCGCCCGUUCGCCUGCGUGGUCUGCGGCAAGGGCUUCAGCCGCUCCUCCGACCUGCGGGUGCACCAGCGGGUGCACACGGGCGAGCGGCCCUUCACCUGCCCCGUCUGCGACAAGAGCUUCACCCGCUCCUCGCACCUGCUGACCCACCAGCGCGUGCACACCGGGGAGCGGCCCUACAGCUGCUCGGUCUGCGGCAAGGGCUUCACCCAGCUCUCCAACCGGCUGCGGCACCAGCGGCUGCACACCGGCGAGCGGCCCUUUUCCUGCCCCGUCUGCCGCAAGGGCUUCACCGACUCCUCCACGCUGCUGCGGCACCGGCGCCUCCACACCGAGGAGCGGCCCUUCGUUUGCUCCGUCUGCGGCAAGGGCUUCACCCGCUCGCCGCACCUGCUCACCCACCAGCGCGUGCACACCGGCGAGCGGCCCUUCGCCUGCUCCGUCUGCGGCCGCAAGUUCACCCAGUCCUCCCACCUGCUCACCCACCAGCACAGCCACAGCGGCGAGCGCCCCUUCCGCUGCUCCGUCUGCGGCCGCGGCUUCGCCCAGCUCUCGCUGCUGCUGGCCCACCAGCACGUGCACGCCGAGAACAACCCCGUCCGCUACCCGGAGGAGGAGGAGGAGGAGGAGCGCCGGCGUCAGCAGGAGGGCGAGGGGGCGGCGGCCGCCGGGGAGGGGGAGGCGGCCGCCGGGGAGGGCCUGGACCCCAGCUCCGCGCCGCCCCUCAUCUCCCCCACUGCCCCCGCCUCCCUCCUGCUGACCGGCCGCCCGUCCCGCGCCGGCGAGCGGCCCUUCAAGUGCUCGGUGUGCGCCAAGGCCUUCACCUGCCUGUCGCACCUGCUGAGGCACCUACGGGUGCACAGCGGCGAGCGGCCCUUCCAGUGCUCUGUCUGCGAGAAGGGCUUCACCCAGUCCUCCUCGCUGCUCACCCACCAGCGCAUCCACACCGGGGAGCGUCCCUUCUCCUGCUCCGAGUGCGGCAAGGGUUUCUCCCGCUCCUCCCACCUGCUGAGGCACCAGCGGGUCCACGUCUGAGGGGGCGGGAGAGACUGGACCCCACCUCCCACCCCGUCUUCCCUCCACUCUGCUUGUCUGUCUGUGCUUCUGAUCAUCUGUGUACAGUCAAACCGCCUGGGUUUAUUUUAAUCCCCACGCUUUUGAAUUCCCUUUCGGCCUCAGAGCCCAGAUGGUAAUAUUUGGGGGUGGGGAGGGGUCUGGGUGAAGGAGAAGUCGGGGGUGGGGAGUGUUCUGCCAAGGUGCCCGCUUUUCUGCUGUAGGGACCCAGAUUCAGUCCUGGCAGCCCCCGUGCAGUCUGUGUGGUGUUGGCGUGGGAUUUCCUCCAGGGAUUCGGGCUUCUUCCGCGUGCCCGCAGAGCUUGGUUUGGUGCGUUAGCCCCGUCACAGACUCCCUCUGCAGCGUAGCCGAGAAGGAGGACCCUGGUGGGGGUCGUGUGGGAAUUAAUUAGCGUAGGAUUAGCUUCAAUGGGUCAGUACGGACUCACUGGGUCUGAGGAGUUACUUGGCCCUCUUUCUGUCCCCAUCUCCUCCUUUCUCCCUGACUCAAUCACUUUGUCAUCACCUUGCCCCCCCUCCUCUUCCCCCACCCGUCCCUGUCCCUCUGCCAGCCCACCUCACUCCAUCUGGCUCUCGGUGUCACCUCCCUCGUCAGAGAGUCUGUGGGGCGAUGGCAGACCCUGGUGAGUUUUGGCCUGAAAGAGCACAGAUAGUGGGAGAACGGCUGUGGGGGGGGGGGAGCGGAAGGCAUGUUGACGUUAGAUCUCUGGGGGAUACUGUAUGUUUCUACGACAGUCAGCGUGUUCCACCCUGAGCCGAGUCCGCAUUCCCAGCCCCGUGCCUCGCUCCUUUGGGUCUGGUUUCCCCACUCCAGUGAGAGGGCUCGCGCACUGCGCCUCCGGAGAGCGGAUUGGGUGAUCGCUGCGGUCAAAGCUGGCUUCUGUGUCAAAAUGGGUGACUUCUAACACUGGUGUUGGGCAAAUCUGAAAGAACACGGGGAGGUUGAGGAAGUUCUAUCAGGGAUUCUCUGCAAACGGGGUCCAGUUCACACGGACUGAAUUUUGACCCACAGUCACCUGAUUUACAAAAUGCGGAACUUUUUCCCAAAGACGUUUUAUUCCGCAAAGUCCUGCUGGAUCACAGAAGAAAUUCAUCAGAGUUAGAAUGAGGAUUGUUAUCUCCGGCAUGUGUUGUGAAAUUCAUUCCAGGCGUUUUGGUGCGUGGGGAAGGGCAAAUCGUUUUUUUUUGCAGUGAGGACUAUGUUGGUGGAGCGAGAGCAUGUGUGCCUCCACAGAGUUGGUGGGGGGGGGGAGAUACUUGCGAGUUGAAGUUCCUGUGGGGUCUCUUUCUAGCAGGUGGGGAGGUUGAUGUCCCAGACUGUGGAGUUUGUUCCCUCCACCAACAGGGGAGGGUGGAUUGGGCACAGGAGGCGGCCACUGGGGUGUCAGUGACCCUGGCGUCAGUUUUAACUCGGAGUUUAACUGGCGGCCAGCAUUUUGGAUAUCAUUGCAGUAGGGUGCAAAUCCUAGGUAGAUCAGGGCUUAUCAGUAGAUUGAUUUCUAAGGAUCUCUGUAUAUUGUAGGUGAUUCUUUCUUUCUUUAUGUUAAUCUGGUGCAGUGCCUGGGAAACGGACGGAUUGUUGGUGCAUGGGGGGGUGGGGAUGGAAGUGGUGCCCUCUGUAAAUCAGAGCUGAUUCCCAAUACCUGGGCCCGUGCGGCGAAGCCGCCUCGAAUAAGCGCUUUCAAGAGCAAGGCAGCAUUGUGUUUUUUUAAAAAAAAUACUGUGGAGGUGGAAGUCUUCAAGCUUUAAAGAAACAGGCAGCAUCCAUGUGGAGAGAGUUGACUUUUCACCGUCACGGCCUUUCUUCAGAAAGCUGCAGUGGAAGUGAAAGGCGCUGGGGAGAGUGGAGGGAGGAUGUUGGGGGGGGGGAGGGACUGUACAACUGUGUACUAUCAUCACUUCCGGCUGAUCUCCUCCGCCCUGCCGCAGUCUAUCCCUUCUCUUUUCUCUGGCCCCUCCUUUCUUGCCGUCUCCCCCCUCUGCAGCCUGAAGUGUUUGCCUCUCUCUCGCUGCUGUCUGGUCCCUCGGCCAUUCCCCACACAUCCUGCGUGUGAUCCCUUCUGGUGUUUGCAUUUGCUGUUCCCCCCCCCCCCCCCCCCCCCCCGUGCUAAACGGUUCACACCUCUAUGGCAUCUGGCCAACCGGCGUUGAUUAACCCCCCCCCCCCACCUCCCCCUCCCUGUGCAGCACCCCACCCCUGCUACGCCAGAGCAUGAACCCAGCCUCGAAUGAGGGUGUGCAGGGGUUGGGGGAAGGGUCGGAAUGUAUGCUUUCCUCUCAGCGUGGCGUUGAAGGGCAGGCUGUUAGCUGGUAGGGAGUGGGCUCGACUCCUUCCCACUCAGGCCCGGUGUUCUUGUGCGCAGACAAGCUGCUUGUAAAGACGCAUGUUUCUGCCUGGUCCCGCGACUGGAAGGACGGAGAGGAAACCCUGCUUUAUUUGUUGUUUCGGAAUAGAUGCUGUAAAAUCCACCAAGUAUUGUAAACCUCAGCUUACACUCGCUGUCUGUUUAAGCCUUGUUUCUGUUCAAGCUUACUUAUCAAUAAACUUUCUUUGUAGUUA